AUGGUGCUGGUUACGUCGACCGAUGAAGAUCUAUUGCCAAGCUCAAACACUAGUAAUUUUGUUUAUAUUUACAUCCAGAUGCAGCUAUGUCAAGAGCAGACCCUUCAUGCUUGGUUAUCCAAACAUCGGUCUUGGGAGGACCGAACAGUGUGUACAAUGAAAGUGUGGAUGGCUCAGUUGUGCAGCGCAGUGAGCUACAUUCAUCAGCAGGGCUUGAUCCAUCGGGAUAUCAAGCCGCAAAACAUUUUCUUCGCUUCUGAUCAGGCGCUGAAAGUUGGCGACCUGGGACUGGUCACUAGAUGUGUACCGGCCGAGGAUCAACCCAUCGAAAAGAGUGUUUCCCGAUCAGCUCUUCAUACGGAUAAUGUGGGAACGAGGGGCUACAUGAGCCCCGAGCAGUUGGCUAAUAAACCGUACACUUUCAAAGUAGAUGUGUUUUCGAUGGGAUUGAUCUAUUGUGAAUUAGUGAUACCGUUUCAAACGCUUAUGGAACGUAGCCUCACUCUAAAUGACUUACAGCAUGGUCGAAUGCCAGACGCCCUGAAAGUAAUGCAGGAAAAUGAGAAGGACUUCAUCGCCUGGUUGACCAGUAUGGAUCCAGACAAGCGUCCGACGUGCGAUGAAAUUUUGGAUUCGGACUAUAUGAGCGCAGUGGAAACCCAUUUGAUGUUGGGUAAUCGUACACCAGGCAUCAGACGUCGUAUAAAAAGUGAUGCUUCUCUGCUGAAGACUUCAAUCUAA